GGACAUCUCUGAAAAUGGAAAUCCAAAUCAACAUCAGCCAAAAUGACAAGUUGGAAAAGACUUUUCUUUGUUUUGAGUUCAGUAACAACUCUUGCCAGAAGCUUCUUGAUCCUUUGGAAACUCGAAUAUUACUCUACAUACUCUUCACGUUGUGCUCAAUCAUCACUAUUAUAGGAAACCUAUUGGUGAUCAUAACGGUCAUUCAUUUUAAGCAGCUCCACACACCAACCAACUACCUCAUCUUAUCUCUGGCCGUAGCCGAUCUGCUGGUAGGGGGAGUCGUGAUGCCUCCCAGUAUGCUGCGCUCGGUUGAGACCUGCUGGUAUCUGGGAGAUUUAUUCUGUAAAAUACACAGCAGUCUGGAUGUGACCCUGUGCACCGCUUCAAUUCUGAAUCUCUGUAUUAUUGCUUUAGACAGAUAUUAUGCCAUAUGUCAUCCCUUACAAUAUCACAGUAAAAUGACCUCACAAACUACUCUAGUUAUGAUUAUAAUUUGCUGGACUCUUUCGGUGGCUUUCGGUUGGGGCAUGAUUUUCCUGGAGCUUAACUUUCUUGGCACUAAAGAUUUUUACUUUGAUUGUGAUGGAAGAUGCAUGAUAUUUCAAAGUAAAGAAAUAAUCACAGUAAUGUCAUUGAUCUGUUUUUACAUCCCUGCUUUUGUAAUGCUCUGUGUGUACCUGAAAAUAUUACAUGUAGCACAAAGACAAGCGCAGGCCAUUCAGACCAUUAACAGUCAAUUAAAAACAGAAAGAAAAGCUACGAAGACUUUAGCCAUCAUCAUGGGUGUGUUUCUGACUUUCUGGAUUCCAUAUUUUCUUUGUAAUAUUAUUGAUCCCUUCAUUGGAUACUCUGUACCACCACUGUUGUAUGAUUUGUUUAUUUGGGUUGCGUACUAUAACUCCACCUGUAAUCCUAUGAUAUAUGCUUUCUUUUACAGCUGGUUCAGACAUGCGUUCAAAAUUAUUUUAUCUGGAAGAAUAUUUCAGACAAAUUCUUCGAGAACAAUACUGCUGUAAAA